ACGCGCGCGCACACACACACACACACACCACAGACCUGCAUCUCCCUCUCUCUCCCUCUCUCGCUGCGUGCACCGUCUACAUCUCUGUGUGUCUGCGUGUGUCUGUGUGUGUCUGUAUGUGUGUGUAACUGCUGAACUUAAUGGUAACAAAUGGAGGCCUUCAAUCAUAAACUGAACACUCACAUAGACUCAUGGCUGGGCCCCAGAGAUCAGCGGGUGAGGGGAUGGCUGCUGUUGGACGACUACCCACCAACCUUUGCACUCACAGUCAUGUACCUUCUGAUUGUGUGGAUGGGGCCCAAGUACAUGCAGCACAGGCAGCCGUACUCCUGCAGAGGCCUUCUGGUGCUCUACAAUCUGGGCCUCACGCUCUUGUCUUUCUACAUGUUCUAUGAGCUUGUUAGUGCUGUGUGGCACGGCGGCUACAACUUCUACUGUCAGGACAUUCACAGUGCGCCUGAAGUGGAUAAGAAGGUGAUAAAGGUCCUGUGGUGGUACUACUUCUCCAAAGUCAUCGAGUUCAUGGACACGUUUUUCUUCAUUCUACGGAAGAACAAUCAUCAGAUUACUUUUCUUCACAUUUACCACCACGCGAGCAUGCUGAACAUCUGGUGGUUCGUCAUGAACUGGAUACCCUGCGGCCACUCGUACUUUGGUGCCUCCAUAAACAGCUUUGUACACGUGGUGAUGUAUUCUUACUACGGCCUCUCUGCCAUCCCAGCCGUGCGGCCGUACCUCUGGUGGAAGAGAUACAUCACACAGUUACAGCUGAUCCAGUUCUUUUUAACCGUCUCCCACACAAUGUCCGCAGUCAUAUGGCCGUGUGGCUUCCCCAUGCGAUGGCUGUACUUCCAAAUAAGUUAUAUGGUUACCCUCAUCAUCCUUUUUGCAAACUUCUACAUUCAGACGUACAAGAAGCGCAGUGGUUCUCGACAGAAGGGCUCUCCUGCACAUGGACAUACAAAUGGAACACCAUCCAUGGAGCACAGUGCACACAAGAAACUAAGGGUGGAUUGACCUUUGAGGAAGUAUCACCCAAACUCUCACUGUAGUGUAUUAGCUAAUGCUGCUAGAAGGUAUAUGUAUUUUCUUAAUUAAAAUAGCGUUGACUUGAGAUGAAGUAAGCCAUAGCUACAUAUAUAUCCAGGGAUUUUUCAUGUUUUUGCACAAUGCACAUGGUACAAUAAGGCAAAUAUUGUUAUAGUUCAAGGACAAGAGAAUUGUAUCAUCACUGGGUUUAAAUUUAAAUCCAUCCUCAGCUGAGUGAUUAAGUAUUUAUUCAUAAAACUGAGCCUAAAGGUGUCUGGUUUUAGUUUAUGAUUUAAAAAAAUAUGUGACUGAAGCUCUUAGUUGUGCAAAUUGAGGUGAAAUAUUGUGGAAAUACAACAAAUCUCAAAAAAAAACAAAAACAAAAAACAUUUAACAAAACUCACCCUAGAUAUGCCAUUUGCAAAAUCACUGGCAUUAAUAGAAUUUGUAGGGUUGUUCAUUUGAUCAAGACCGCACUCGCUCUGCACCACAUGCUCUGCACUAAAGAAAGCACUUACUGAUGCGUGCUUGUCAUGCAAAUAAAAAGUAAAUCAAUGUAACUGCUUUGGGGUCAAAUGUAAUAUAAAUGUUAGUUUUAAAAAUACACCAGCUUUGGAGGUUCUUUGUACAGCUGACAGUGUUUUCUGAGAAAUUGGUAUUAAACAUGAAUGAUCACUCAUGAAACUGAACGAAUGAAUUGAAUUCAAUCAACUCAGUCAUUGAAUUGGCGCCAUGUGAAAUGGUACUGUAGCGAUUCAGUGGUGACACCCAGUCCUUUUUAAAAAAUAAAUAAAUAAAUAAAAAAUAUGACUGAUACUGCACAAUAUUUACACCUCAACACUCUAAAGGAAAUGUCUUUAUUGCUACCAGCAAAACACAUAUUUUGAGUUAUUCAAUGACCCUCAGACGGUCCAAAGGUGACAGCUCCAGACAGUGAUUUGGACAGCGGAGCGUUCCAUCACAUUUGUUGACGUUGACCAAAAGGUCAAUUAAAAGAACACAGUGGUUACUAUGGCCUUAUCUAACACUUUCCCUGUGCAGUGACAUGACGCUGAAAUGUGCCCCUGUGUAAAACUGUAACGCCUAUUUAAUGCAGAUAUUAACAGCACAAGUUAAAAAUGCAGCACGUGGGUCUCCAAGAUACAAUAUUAAAGGGCAGUUAGAGUAGUUUUUAGUAUCUAACUCUGAUAUUAACCUUUUAACAAAAAGAAGUGUACGCCUUUCACACUAUUGUAUCUAUUGCAGUCUUACCCAGUAAAUGCAAUUCAAACUUAAAUUCACCUGCUUUUUAGGUCUGUAGUGCAUAGGGUUGCCAAGUUUCUGAUAAGAAAAUAAGGAAUGCUAAUGUACCUGACAUAUUGCAAUUUAAAUUACCCACACACACUACAAACUCACAGAUUAAAAUAUCCACUUAAACUGUUUUACAAUAGUGUUUCUAUGUAUAUUUCUGUAUCAUUCUAUCAACCAAAAUGAGUUUAAAAAUGGAUAUUUAUCCAUUUUUUCACCUGAGCAGUAUUCUCCUGGUGCCAUUUUCCCUUUAUACCUUGCUGCGUCUCUGUUGCUACAUACACAGGACUCAAAGUGACCAAUUAAAAGUGCACAUUUUCUGUUUAAUGAAAGCAGGAGAAGGAUUGUAUUUGCCCAUCAGACUAACCAGACUGUAAUUUUUGCCGUGAUCAUAUCUGUUCAAUACGGAACAAAUCCUUAUUUUACUGGAAUGGUGGCAGCCCUAGUAGUGCACCGUCAUCGGUAACCUUAGGUAUCAGCUCUAUUAAGUCAAACUAAUUUAGUACUUCACAAUCACUAUUAUAGAUUCAUAUAAUAUAUAUAUAUAUAUGUAUAUUUUACUACUGUAUAGUUGAGAGUGAAUGCUAUCAACCCUAGAAACUGCAAUUAGGGAGAAAAUACUCCCCCCACUUAUUAGAUGCUCAUGGAUUUAACCCAGAUAGGAAAAAUGUCGUCUUUAUCACAAUUAAAAGCUAUAGAACAGUAAACAAUAAGGUGCAAAAAUUAUGAAGUCACACUUACUUAACAAAAUAGUGAUGCUUAUCUCAGGUUUAAUAGGAAAUGCUCGUUGUUGAGAGUUAGCGAAGAAGAUAGCUCACCAUUCACAAGUGGUUAGCUUAGCCUAGCAUUAUGAAACUGGGGGAAAGGUUAAACCAAACGAUGUCCAGAGAUUUUGUAAAUCACCCUCGUUUUCAUCUAACCUUUGUUGAGCGUCACUACACAGGCUGUUUCCCGUUAUUUUCAGUCGUUAUGCUAGUUAAUAAGUUCUGUGUACAUACUUUUUGAAUGUUAUAUCUUUCUUCUCAGCUAAAAAGAAAUGUUUUUUUUGUUAUCAUUCUCCCCCCAAAAAAACAUCAGUUUUCUCAUUUUACGAAGUAAAAUCAAUAAAUCAUGAUAUCAGUGUAAUUGUAUAUUGGGCAAGAGGGUUGCAGUGUACACAGUUCCAGUCACCAAUGUCACAUUAGAUCAUGACAUAACAUGGUAUAAAAAGAAAGCUACACAGACGUUGAAGUGUAAAUUAAACACUGCGUCACUCCACUGUGCUAAUUCAGUCUAAUGACACUCUACAGUAUGGCCUUAAAAACUGAGUUUCUCUCAUGUAUGGAUGACCUACAUUGUCACUGCAUGUGUGGUAGGGCUACAACAAAUAUCCGAUUAAUCAAUUACUAAAUUAAUUGUAAACUAUUUUAGUAAUCAGUGUUCUUUCAAUAAUUAAAACAAGCUUUCUGAUUUUUCAGCUUCUUAAAUGUGAAUGUUUUCUGAGGUCUUUGCUUCAUAUAACAAGGAAAUCAUUAAAAAUCAUGUUAACUGGACACAGAAUGGUCACAGAAUGACUGCUAAUGGCUAGGGAAGAAUAGGUUUAUAGGAUAUUACUGUUAGAUAAAAAUAAUAAUAAUUUCUGACAUUGUUAAAUCAUUAAUUCCAUUAUGACACAACAAAACAAACUAAUCCUGCUGGUAAAGCUUCAUUCCUUUGUGCACAUUCAGUAUUCUCAUUUUUAUCUAUUUAAAUGUGAUUACAUUUAUCAGCAAUUCUUUCUCUUUUUAUGCCAACAUGUUGAAUAAAGAUGUUAAACAUUGUUACCAUGAGCAUAUUAACAUGCCAAUGUUAGCACUGUAGCUGAAACCAGUGGCUGUAGACUUGUUAAUUAAAGCUCUGAUAUUAUCGACAAACGUUGAAGAUCUGCGAGCGAUGCAAAAACAGACUCUUAUUGUGAACAUGAAUGAACGGUUAUUUGAAUAAAUAAAUAAAAUAACUUGAUCACACUGACGGUUUAAUUGUGAAUUACUAGACUGUAUCAAAUUACAAAUGUGAAUGUAUAUUUGGAGGAGGGGGAUUAUUCUCAUUCAGCCCAUGACUCCUACUACUCUGCUUAUUUUCUCAGGUAAUACCAUGUCUGCUGUUAACAGUCUUAACAUGUAAUGUAAUGUUGAUUGCUAAAAAUUUCAAUAAAUUACAGUUUACUCCAGAAAUGUACUAACACUUUAA